AUGGAGCAACUAGAGGGGUUUACAGCUCUAGGUCAAGAAAGGAAAGUUUGUAGACUAGUUAAAUCGUUGUAUGGUUUGAAGCAAGCACCAAAGUUUGACAUGAAAGAUAUGGGUCUCGUGGAUGUCAUUUUGCGAAUAAAAAUUACUCGAACACCAAAUGGACUUGUGUUAUCUCAAUCUCAUUACAUUGAUAAGAUACUAGACAAGUUCAACAAGUCAGAUACCACUGUGGCCAGGACUCCAAUGGAUUUGAGUCUCCACUUAUCCAAGAACACUAGUGAUGGUGUAUCACAAUUAGAAUAUUCUGGAUAA